GAGAAUGCGCCAAAGUGUUAUCAUGGUAAGCCUCGCCACAGCAGCACACCAUGCUUUAAUUCAUGAUGUUUAAGAUGUGCGACAUUAAUAUUCCUCUUGCCUUACCCUUCAAAAUUUAUGCUGUUUUAUAUUGUUCCCACGGCCGCUUGUCGUUAACGGGCUUCCUCUUAAAAUGGCGGAGAAGUCGGGGACUGUGUGUUUACCCUGCUGGCGUUUCGUAAAGAAAGGGCACUGGGAGUCCGGUACCAAUUGCAAGAAGACAACUUAAUGUUCAUGACGGCAGUAACGCAUUUCUGGUCAAGGGUCAUUUGCCAUCACCUGUAGGGGGAGUUGGUGCUGAACUCCCUAUCCCAAUUAUCACUCGCGUUUGCGUAAUCACUUGUUGCAAAACAUCCGGUAUUGUUGCCACUGCAGUUUUGUACUUCCUACUUCGACCUCAUCUGCCGUCCAUAUCCUUCCGGGAAUCGAUCGACCAUGGAGAGGGUCGUAUCACGAUUUGCGGGCGCCAUGUUUGUAUGCUCUGUCAGCAGUGUCCCUCUGGCCGUGUAAUUAUUUCCAUGGUCAAUACCCGCGGCAUCAAAAAUGAAAUUAUAUCAAGUCGUGGUACAGUGGUUCCGCUGCCAAAGACGAGGGUUUCAUCUUCCCCACUGCCCUAGUUUAUUCUCCCACGCGCCGACGCUCAGUUGAAGAUACACCAACGGCUUGGCACGCAAGCGUGACAUCCAUGUAACAGUUCGACCCUCGUUUCCGACGAUGUCCACCGUGUGCUGCAGAACAGGGUGAGCGCAGGGACGGUGACAUGCGUGAAAUAGUUUAUAAUGAUAGUAGACUUGCGUAGCAUCUACCACACUCCUCCUCCCCCACCUGGACACGAUGUCAUGACAGAGUCGAGAAGACCGGAGGAGGGAGAGGACGCGGGUGGUUAGCGCGGGGAAAAACCCGCACCUGGGCGUACCCAGGCCCACAACGUACAACAGAUCAGGAUUUCGCACUAGAAAGAAGGAGGAGGGGCGGCUCGGAUCCCAACUGACGCGCCGCGGGUCUACGACUGGGCAUGCCGCCACACCUCCAGUGUUGGCAUUUGCUAUGGGUGCGCAUUCCCAGUAACGCUUGCCGGACCCGAUCUAAACUCUGUGUUGGUCCAGCGCAUCUACCGCGUGGCCCGUUUUAGAGGCAUGCCAUCCAUAAAUAACUCGAAACCCACUAUGGUUUACUGUACCUUACGGGGAACCACGACCCACUCUGCGGAGGUCAAAGCAAGCUAUACGCGACAAUGCAUGACAUUACGUGGUAUAGAAUCAAACUCGCGAAAUUGAACAGUGACUACCGUCGUGGCGAUGUUGGUUAUAGUUAUGUUGUAAGAUCGGUAGCGGCCUGCAUCUUCCGGCCGAUACGUGCUGCCAUGGCUAGCGAACAGCGGCUGGCGAUACUCAACUCCCCAUAGGUGAACUUUGACUAAAAAGUUAACUGCACAGCCGUGAACACAGUUAAGUACUGUGGUGCGCGAUAUCGCAUCAUUAGAUGCCAAGGACUUGUUUGUUUUGGAGGCGUCAGGAACAUAAAAGGAAAAUUUCUGACAUCGUAUUUUAUCAUUUAUGUCUGAGAAUGAGGGUUUUCGCUUCGAUCAGUCUAUUUACUUCCAUACCACAAAUUUCUACUAUGGAAACCAACUGACACGGAUCUUUCUGCCGAAGAGAGUAGUCUUUUCCUAAAUAUUCCGUUCUUAAAAUAACCUGAAGAGUCCCACUGUUGCCUACUUCGAUGUCUAGAAUACUUCAACGUAAGUCAAGUCCCACCUUUCACCAUGUCCUAAUAGAGGUUGAGAUGUGGGAGGUCAUCAUUGAACCAGAAUAAAGUACCAUGGAAUCGGUGUAUUUCUUUAACUGUAUAUUACAUCAAAUGAUGUGUUUUUUGGCCACGCACGCACAUGCUUUUGACCACUACAUUUUGCGUUGUCAACGGGCUUCCAGCAUUAAUGACAAUGGGAUACCGACAAAGACAAGGGAAACCAAAAUGGCCAUUUAUGGCUUAUCAAAAAGUCCUACCCAACCUCAGGUGUGGGUCACCUGGGAUUCGAAACAGUCCUUGAGCGUAAUACUACCAUUGAGUCGGGGACCCGUUGUCCCGUUAGUUGUGGUCGGGAAUAUUAAUUAUGACGGGGACAUUUACCGAUCAACUUCAUAAUGUUUGACAUGAAGCCGGCUAGAUAUGCCUUAUAUCUGUCUCGACCAGCUGAGCACUAGGCUAUUUUCCACUUGAACUACAUAGUACUCCUUGGCCAUUGAAUUUAGUGGUCUGUUUUGCUCUAAUUUCUCAAUAACACUUUCCUUAAUAGGAGCAAAACUGCAAUUCGAGGAGAAGACGACAAAGAUUCGAAAAUAUCGUUGUGCUGCUUUCCGCACAGCUCGUGCCUGUAGAAAGGAUGCCGAGGCCUGCACCUCCUAUAGACUCAAACAGAUGACCUCCGCGCUCCAUCUGUGCACCCUACCACAAGAGGAUCGCUGUUACUGUCACACCUGCAAUUUGCUUUUCGCGCGAUCUACCUGCUCCCAGGACCAUCAUGGACACAGUUUUGUCAGUGGCUUGGCGAAGGGCACUUUGCGUAGGCCGAGCUAUCUUCUGGAGCCCCUCCAACUGUCCUCAGGGCAUGCGGUACCCAGCUUACUUUGGGUUCACUAACUAGCAAACCGACCUAUAGCAAGUCUUUUUCUCCCUCGACUGGCUAAACUUCCUGGUGUCUGUCCUUUACGACUUGGACGUGAGGAAUGUCCUAUGCGUGGGUGCGCCCCGUUUGUUCGAUUUUUUGCGGAUUCAUACAGGAGAUAAGUACGAUUUUAACACUUUCCUACUGGAUAUCGAUACUCGCCUGGUAUGUCAACAUGCCUCUUAUCCGUCUCUCAGUCCCAGUUUUAUGCUCCCGAAGUUUUCGCGCAAUUCAACAUGCUUAAUGGCCAUUUCUUUGAAGAGGAUACUGGUCGCGCGGCUAUUUC